GGUGGAGGAACAUUAGGGGAAAACUACCACAAAAGCAGGAAAAGUCAGAUGCAUUAAGUGGCUGCGUUUUGAACAAAAGUAUGGUCACCGCAGGAUGCACUGCUCUCUUGAAUAACAAGAUGACAGCAUGAGGCAUAAAGUCAGCCCAGAGAGGCCUUCUAGUGUGGCGCGGUUCAAGCCCUACUGGAGGGCUUAAGGAGAGGCACAUGAUGCCCCAACCCGUGAUUUGACUGGGAACUCAGGCCAGGCUUAAUGAAUGAAUUUCCUUUCCCUUUUCUCCUGACAACUGCCUUGGACACAGACCCGCAUAAUGGCAUCUCCCCGACUGGAGACGUUUUGUUGUCCAAAUCGAGAUGCUACGACGGAAUUUGUUAUCUCUUUCCAGCCUCUCUUUUUUGGGGCAAUUUGCAUAGGCAGUGCGGCAUUCAGUGUAGUAUUAGCUAUCAUACAAAUUUUACCAAAGCGGAGAGGAUACAGGCGGCUUGGACAAUACCCACUUCCAAAACCCGCCUCUUCGUCAAGGAUAUUACUCAUCAUCAGUAUAUGUGACAUUUUAGGGAGCGCAGGUAUUAUUUUGAGGUCGUGUAUCUGGCUGGGUCUGCCAGACUUCGUCGGCCAAAUCUCCCUGGUUAAAAACAAUAAUGUGUGGCCUGAGGUCUUCUGCGUGGGCAGUGCGAUGUGGAUCCAGUUGUUCUUCAGUGCAUCCUUUUGGUGGACCUUCUGCUACGCUGUGGAUGUCUUCUUGGUAGUCAAGAGGUCUGCAGGUAUCAGCACCAUAGUGUUGUAUCACAUGAUCACGUGGGGUCUGGCCGUGUUGCUGUGUGUGGAGGGUGUGGCCAUGCUGUAUUAUCCAUCCAUCUCCAGCUGUGAGAAUGGCCUGCAGCAUGCUGUGCCACACUACAUCACCACGUACGCUCCCAUGCUACUGGUGCUCAUCGUCAAUCCCAUCCUCUUCUCCCGCACCGUGGCCGCUGUCACGUCCCUGCUGAAGGGCCGACAAGGGAUCUACACAGAGAACGAGAGGCGCCUGGGAACCGAGAUCAAAAUACGAUUCUUCAAGAUCAUGCUGGUGUUCUGCAUUUGCUGGUUGCCUAAUCUAGUCAACGAGAGCUUGCUGUUCUAUCUGGAGAUGCAGGAUGAUAUCAAAGCCAGUAACCUGAAAAACAUCCGAAAUGCUGUGCUCAUCACAUGGUUCAUCAUGGCGAUUCUUAACCCCAUGCAAGGCUUCCUCAACACGCUGGCCUUCCACGGCUGGACGGGCUUCGACGUGGACCUGAGCCUGCAGCACCGGCGGGACAUGACCUGGGACUCGGGCUCCACGUCCGUGCCCACCACAGGGGGCUACAGCAACGGCGUCAUGGGCUCUACCCUCUUCUACCAGGGCCACGUGCAGGAGGCCAAGAAGAACAUGGCAGCCAACGGCGGCCAGCACCACCACCCGCCGCCGUCCGAUGGAAUCAGCGUCCUCUCAGAAGGUUCAGAGUCUAGUACUAUUGAAAUCCACAUUUCCAGUGAGCUGCAAGGCUAUGAGGAUGUAGACGCUGAUGGCGAGUCUCUGGACAGUCCGGCAAAGCACCACUAGAUGUGGAAAAGAGAGAUAUCCUCCUACCGCGCUCCUGUACUUCACAAUCUGGUGCGUCACUGGGAAAGGACUAGUAGCUGCAGACAAGGAUGAGAGUCAACGGAGCAUCUUCAGAUGUGGAGACUUUACUGUUUUAUUGGGCAAGUGCCGCUGCCACUGCCACGACUAAUGUUUCAACGUUGUCACAGUAAAAUCGCCACACCUGAAGAUGCUCAGUUGACUCCUCCUUGUCUGCACUACUAGAUGGGGCUCAGAACAAGAACCUCAUACCAGUCUGUAUGGUCUUUCGAUAUGCAUGACUUUGUCCUUAGCGGCUGCAUAUUUUAACUCCUCCUAAAGUACCUAAAGGACUAAUGCUGUUUUUGUGAAGUGCAUACCACUUCCAUCUUUUGAAUUUCUGGCAGAGGAUUUUGAGGAUUACCACAGUCCCAAAACAGGAGUGCUGUAUGAUCUGAUGUGUUACGAGACCUUAACUUAUGCGUAACCUCAUGGGACUGCAUACAAUUUCUUCCAUUACAUGACUGCUCAUAUACAGUAAGAGGAUAUAUGGGCAAAUUUAACCCAUCAAUGUGUAAUAAAAGGUGGCAGUAGAAUUGUUAAACCCCUGUUAGGGCAGCUAAUUUGACAGAUGUUACCCAACAACCCUUUUAUAUUGUGA